GUUAUGCCUGCAUUUCGUACUUUUUUUAACGAUAUUUCGGUCGGAAUUGACUUUCCGCUUUCUCUCGGGGUAUCGGAAAGUUGAAGUCCGAAUUGAUUCGGAAAAUUUCCGAUCGAUUCGUAAACAAUCCGUAAACAGUCCAUAAUAAGGUAAUCGUCGAUAAACGGAAUUGUUCCUGUCGGAAUCGAUUCCGACGAGUUUCAUAAUAGGUACCCAGGAGCAAAGCCAUGUGAGUUUUAUGAAGGAAAAUGGCGUCUGAUAAACAAAGUAUAUUAAGAAAACGAAAAUUAGUAAACGUUGGAAGUGAUUCGGACAAUGAGGCGGAAAAUGUACGUUACGAUUUCGUGGAACGCAAGAAAGCGCUGUUUACAUGCAUUUUAAGGUUAAAUGACGUUCGAGAAUGGGAAACAUGUGACAAGAACGAAAUCAGAAGCACCACGACUGUGUCCAUAUUUGGAUACGAUUAAUCGACAGUUUCUGGAUUUUGACUUUGAAAAAUUGUGCUCUGUAUCGUUGUCUAGAAUCAAUGUGUAUGCUUGUUUAGUUUGCGGCAAAUACUUUCAAGGCAGAGGAAGUAAUACACAUGCGUACACUCAUAGUGUAGCGGAUACUCAUCAUGUUUUCCUUAAUCUACAUACACUCAAAUUUUAUUGUCUGCCAGAUAAUUACGAGAUAGUAGAUUCCUCGUUGGAUGACAUUAAGUAUGUAUUGAACCCAACCUUUGACAAAACACAAAUAGCACAGCUAGAUAAAAGUGACAAACAGUCCAGAGCAAUCGAUGGCUCCAUGUAUUCACCAGGAAUAGUAGGAAUGAAUAACAUAAAAGCAAAUGACUAUUGCAAUGUCAUUUUACAGGCACUUUCACACGUCACACCUUUGAGAGACUUUUUCUUAAGGGAAUCUAAUUAUUCCCAUGUAAAGAGACCACCUGGUGAUUCAUCCUACCUUUUGGUACAACGAUUUGGAGAACUUAUGCGAAAAUUAUGGAAUCCACGUAACUUUAAGGCACACGUAAGCCCUCACGAAAUGUUGCAGGCAGUGGUUCUAUGGAGUAAAAAGAGGUUUCAAUUUACAGAACAAGGUGAUCCUGUGGAUUUUCUAUCAUGGUUUUUGAACGCCCUCCAUUUGGCGUUGAAUGGCACAAAAAAGCGUGACUCUAGCAUUAUUUAUAAAACGUUCUUGGGGCAUAUGCGAAUAUAUACGCGGAAGAUACCGCCGCUGGAGUUAGAAGAGAGCCAAAGAAGCGAACUGCUCCACACUGUCGAGUACGGAGAAACCGUAACGGAAAGCCCGUUUUUGUAUCUCACGUGCGAUCUUCCACCGCCUCCGUUAUUCAAAGAUCAAUUUACAGAGAAUAUUAUUCCGCAGGUAAAUCUGUACACGCUCCUGAAUAAAUUUAAUGCCGUCACUGAGAAAGAGUAUAAAACCUACAAGGAGAAUUUUAUGAAGAGAUUUGAAAUCACUGAACUGCCGCCUUACCUUAUACUUUACAUAAAAAGAUUCACGAAAAAUACAUUCUUCGUCGAGAAAAAUCCAACAAUCGUGAACUUCCCUGUUAAAAAUGUUGAUUUUGGAGAUAUUUUAACGCCGGAAGUAAAGGCCAAGCAUCCAUACACGACGUACGAUUUGGUAGCUAAUAUAGUGCACGACGGUGAGCCAGGCCAAGGAACGUACAGAGUUCAUAUCUUGCAUAGAGCCACUGGUCAGUGGUAUGAAUUGCAAGACUUGCAUGUCACACAAAUUUUGCCUCAAAUGAUUACUCUCACUGAAGCGUAUAUACAGAUUUAUGAAUUAAGAAAGGAUACACACAUGGAAAAUGGGGACAAUAAGAACAAGAAAACUACAUAAUAUAUUUGACUUUUGCGAAAACAAGAUAAUAAAGAUUUACAUUUUAUAUGGA